AAAAAAAAAAAACCCCUAAAAAACAAAGAACACAAAAGCUACUAAAUCAAAUGAGGAGACAAAAUUGUCUUCUUGGGUAUGUGCUUUGCUCUGUUACAAUCAAUGAAAGAACUAAGGUGAGUUCGUGAAUCCAUUAUUCUAUGUACAUGUUCAUGAAUAAUGAAAGUUGGAGUAGAUUAGAUCAUUAAUCAAUUUAGAAUUUUUUCUUUUUCAUAGGCAUACAGGAAACUAUUUUCUGUCAUUAUCUCUUCCUCUGUUUUAUUUUACCAUCCCCUGUUUUUCUGUAUGCCACAUUUUCUUUCAUUUUCUCUCAAACUUUCUCACCCUCUUUCUCAAUUCCCUCAAAAGGAUAUUCCCAAAUAGCUAUGAUCUUCAAUACCCAUAUCUUAUUUUUUCUCUUUUCCUUUUCAUUCGUCUCUAAUAUCCUCCACUCAUCCAGCAAAACCUCAAAAUCAAAUUCCGAUUCCUUUGUGCUGGCUUGCGGUGGUUCUAGCGACGCCACCGAUGCCAAUGGCCGGAAUUGGGCUCCAGAUUCCAAAUUCCUCGCCUCUCCGUCGAAUUCAAUGACUGCCUCAGCUCAAUCCCAAGACCCUUCACUACCUUCCUCAAUUCCAUACAUGACUGCUAGAAUUUUCACAUCUUCAGCUACAUACAAAUUCUCACUUUCUUCCAAAAAUCGACAUUGGGUUCGACUCCAUUUCUACCCAUCUUCUUACACCGAUUUCAGUGCUGCCGAAUCCUAUUUCUCUUUAACUGCCAACGAGUUCAUUCUUCUGAGAAAUUUCAGUGCCUUAAUCACAGCCCAAGCCCUCACACAAGCUUAUAUAAUCAAGGAAUUCUCUCUCACACCGAUCCAAUCAGGCUCUCUCAAUCUCACUUUCACACCUUCUUCUACUCACAAAGGUUCAUUAGCCUUUGUUAAUGGAAUUGAGGUCAUUUCAAUGCCAGAAAUUUUUCAACAAGCAACUAUGGUUGGGUUUUCAGACCAGUCUUUAGAAACAGAGUACUCUGUUUUUCAGACAAUGUUUAGGUUAAAUGUUGGAGGACAGUUCAUACCAGAAGCCAAUGACUCGGGGCUUACACGAACAUGGUACGAUGAUUCGCCAUACUUGUUCGGUGCAGCCUUCGGUGUCUCUUCUGAAGCAGAUAAAAAUGUCUCAAUCAAAUACCCUUCUAGGGAAGCAGAGUAUAUUGCCCCUGUUGAUGUGUAUAAAACAGCAAGAACAAUGGGUCCAAAUCCAAAAAUUAAUGUGAAUUUCAAUCUCACAUGGGUAUUCCAAAUUGAUGCAAAUUUCACAUACCUAGUGAGGCUCCAUUUUUGUGAAUAUCAGCUUUCGAAGGCGAAUCAGAGGGUGUUUGAUAUUUUCAUCAACAACCAAACAGCCCAACAAUCCGCGGAUGUGAUGGCAUGGGCGGAUUCAAAGAAAGGAGUGCCGGUCUACAAAGAUUUCGUGAUGUACGUUAAGGAUGAUGGGAAUGGUGAUGGCGAAUUGUGGGUGGCAUUGCACCCUUCUGUAUCUAUGAAGCCCGAAUACUACGAUGCGAUUCUCAAUGGAUUGGAGGUUUUUAAGGUUAAUGACACAAGGGGGAACUUGGCGGGCCCAAAUCCCAAGCCAUCAUGGCUUCAACAAAAGGCCAUCUCUGAUCAACAAUCGCGGAGUUUUGGACCAUCACAAUCUAAUAAACGUGCCAGGGUAAUUGGUGGGGUGGUUGGAGGGUUGGGUAGUUUUGUUUUGAUAGUUGGAGUGUUGGUUUUUCUCAAUCGUAGGAAGUGUAAAACCGGUACAAGAAAUACUAACACAGCCAGUUGGUUGCCACUUUAUGGUAGCUCGCGGUCAUCAGGAACCACCAAAAGUAGUGGUAGUAGUCGCUUUUCAACACUUGAUGGAGGCUUUUGUCGACAUUUCUCCUUAGGAGAGAUAAAAUCCGCCACAAAAAACUUUGAUGAGUCUCAAGUUAUCGGAGUUGGAGGGUUUGGAAAGGUGUACGAAGGGGUUGUUGAUGGAGGGACUAAAGUUGCAAUUAAGAGGUCUAACCCAUCUUCGGAACAAGGAGUUCAUGAGUUCCAAACUGAAAUCGAUUUGCUUUCAAAGCUUAGACACCGGCAUUUAGUCUCUCUAAUUGGGGCUUGCAAAGAAAAUGAUGAGAUGAUCUUGGUCUAUGACUACAUGGCUAAUGGAACCCUAAGAGAGCAUCUCUAUAAGACCAACAAACCUCCUUUGUCAUGGAAGCAAAGGUUAGAGAUCUGCAUUGGCGCUGCAAGGGGAAUUCACUAUCUCCACACCGGAGCUAAGUACACCAUCAUUCACCGGGAUGUGAAAACCACAAACAUUCUUUUGGACGAGAAGUGGGUUGCAAAAGUCUCAGACUUUGGGCUCUCAAAAACCGGGCCUACUCUCAACCAAACCCAUGUUAGUACCGUGGUAAAGGGUAGUUUCGGGUACUUAGAUCCAGAGUACUUCCGAAGGCAACAGUUGACAGACAAGUCCGAUGUGUACUCAUUUGGGGUAGUCCUUUUCGAAGUAUUGUGUGGGAGGGCGGCUCUUAACCCUAGCCUUUCUAAGGAACAAGUUAGCCUUGCAGAUUGGGCACGGAACAACUUUAGAAAAGGAACUAUGGAUAGCAUCAUUGACCAGCAUAUUAAGGGAGAGAUUAGCCUCGAGUGCUCUAAAAAGUUCUCGGAGACAGCUAUGAAGUGUUUGUCGGAUCAAGGGAUUGAUCGCCCAUCGAUGGGUGCUGUUUUGUGGAACCUUGAGUUUGCGCUCCAGUUGCAGGACAAUCCUGAUGGACCAAAUGUAAUGGCAGAACAAAAGGCCAAUGAUGCUUUUGUUGUGCAUACGACAUUGUUUAACAUCGAAGAAGAGGCCGAGGAGACUGAUGAUAGUAGCAAUGUAAUCUUCUCACAGAUAGUGAAUCCACAGGGAAGAUGAGAUGUAACAUUGUUGUUUAUUCGAAUGUACAUAAAAAAAUAGUUGAAGAAGCUUGA